AUGACUGCGGGAUUUUUGCAUUCAGCGACGGCAAAUCAACAACACCAGCAUCUGCAGCUAAACCCAUCCGAUAGUCAUCACCAUCAUCAGCCACACAAUCAGCACCUAAGCCAGCAGGACAAUCUACAGCAGGAUCACAAUCACAAUCAAAGACAGACCAAUUUAAAUACCAAAAAUAUGCGCUGUGAAAGCCUCGGCAUCGGGCGCGCCCACUUUGAGAAACAGCCGCCCAGUAAUUUACGCAAAUCGAACUUUUUCCACUUCGUGAUUGCGCUCUACGAUCGUGCCGGCCAGCCCAUCGAGAUCGAGCGCACGGCCUUUAUUGGUUUCAUUGAGAAGGACUCUGAGACGGAUGCCACAAAGACCAAUAAUGGCAUUCAGUAUCGAUUGCAGUUGCUCUACGCAAAUGGAGCGCGACAGGAGCAGGACAUAUUUGUGAGAUUAAUCGAUUCGGUGACAAAGCAGGCUAUUAUUUACGAAGGCCAGGAUAAAAACCCAGAAAUGUGCCGUGUUCUAUUAACGCACGAAGUGAUGUGCAGCCGCUGCUGUGAUAAGAAGAGCUGUGGUAACCGCAACGAGACGCCAUCGGACCCCGUCAUUAUUGAUCGAUUUUUCCUGAAGUUCUUCUUGAAGUGCAAUCAAAACUGUUUGAAAAAUGCCGGCAAUCCCAGAGACAUGCGCCGAUUUCAGGUUGCCGUUGAUGGGCCGCUAUUGGCUAUAUCGGACAAUAUGUUCGUGCACAACAAUUCGAAGCACGGACGCCGCGCCAAACGAUUGGACACAACGGAAGGUCUCUACCCACCCUUGCCCGUGGCUACGCCCUGCAUCAAGGCGAUAUCACCCAGCGAAGGUUGGACUACGGGCGGAGCCACUGUCAUCAUUGUGGGGGACAAUUUCUUUGAUGGCCUGCAGGUGGUGUUCGGCACAAUGCUCGUGUGGAGCGAGCUGAUCACAUCUCAUGCGAUACGCGUCCAGACGCCACCGCGCCACAUACCCGGCGUCGUUGAGGUGACGCUCUCCUACAAGAGCAAACAGUUCUGCAAGGGAUCCCCCGGUCGCUUCGUCUAUGUCUCCCUCAAUGAGCCCACAAUAGACUAUGGUUUCCAGCGUUUGCAAAAACUGAUUCCCAGACAUCCCGGCGAUCCGGAGAAACUGCAGAAGGAGAUCAUCCUAAAGCGCGCUGCUGAUCUGGUGGAAGCGCUCUACUCAAUGCCUAGCAGAUCGCCAGGGGGCUCGACCGGCUUCAACUCUUAUGCCGGCCAAUUAGCCGUGAGUGUGCAGGAUGGAUCGGGUCAGUGGACGGAAGACGAUUACCAGCGCGCUCAAUCGAGCAGCGUCAGUCCCCGCGGUGGCUAUUGCAGUAGUGCCUCCACACCACACAGUUCGGGUGGCUCGUACGGCGCCACCGCAACCGCAGCUGUGGCAGCCACCGCCAAUGGAUAUGCACCCACACCCAACAUGGGCACGCUUUCCUCCUCGCCGGGCAGCGUCUUCAAUUCAACUUCAAGAGUCAGUAGCUUGAGCUUUAACCCGUUCGCUCUACCCACAUGCAACACCCAGGGCUAUAGCACCAGCCAGCUAGUAACAUCAACCAAAUAAUAUUACUACUAAACGAGGCUAUUGACCGCUGCCGCUUACCCCCGGGAACCCAAUUGCUGCGGAGAAAGGACCCGCUCGAAAUAUCACCAAUGAACAAAAUCAAA